GCCAAGCGUCAUCAUGCAUGUUCCUAAUUCCUCCUGCCUGUUUACUAGCCAGACUCUGUUCACCCCAGGCUGUGUCUGUCCCGUAAGAGGCCAUGUGGCUGCACCUGGCGGCCCUCGUGGGCCUCUACUACCUCCUGCGCUGGUACCGGGAGACGCAGGUGGUGAGCCACCUCCGGGACAAGUUCGUCUUCAUCACGGGCUGUGACUCGGGCUUCGGGAACCUGCUGGCCAGGCAGCUGGACCUGCGAGGCUUGAGGGUCCUGGCUGGGUGUCUGACGGAGCAGGGGGCCGAGCAGCUGAGGAACCAGACGUCAGACAGGCUGCAGACGGUGAUCCUGGAUGUCACCAAGACUGAGAGCAUCGCUGCGGCCACCGAGUGGGUGAAGGAGCGUGUGGGGGGCAGAGGUACCACCCAGAUUUCUUUUGUAUUUAUUUCUUCUCUCAAUGUGAAGGGGAGAUCCCCUGUCAAGAAAGAUUCCAAGGUGUUUUCCAGGACUUGAAGUCCCACCUGCCUUCUUUACCUCACCUA